ACGUUUUCUCGCCUUUCAGCAACACUACCGUUAACAGUGGUGCAGUUGACUUCGAAGAUUGGAGUCGGAGCUUUGCUACAUUUGAACGGACGACGUCAGACGUGACUGACGUACCUAGGUCAUUCCGAUGGCCGGGCAUGGUGAUAAUCGAGACUACGGGAGUGGCAGCCGCAACCCAGGCGGAGGCGGGAGAGACUACGACGGUUAUCGAGAAUAUGAGGUGGGCACCGUGGUUAUGACAGGGACAGGGGAGAUGGCAGCGAUAGGGGUCAAGGCGGUGACCGAAGGUUCGGCGGGAUUGGAUCGGACGAGACGGAUCUUGCCGAUUGAUCCGUUGGAAUCCAAGGUUUCCGAGAUUGGCAAGAGUGUGACCGCGGUAUGCCAAUAUGUGGAAGUGGAGCAACAAAAGAAGGCAUCUAAGGAGCGCCGUAAGGCUGAGCGCAAGGAAUCUGAGGAGCGAGCAGCAGCCGAAAGAGCAGAAGCAGAGUUGAUCAAGAAGAAGAAGGAGGACAAGGCACGCAAAGAAGUGGAGAGGAAGGAAGAAAUUCACAAGAGUCUGGAUAUAAAGAUGGCGGUUCGUGUGGGUGAGCUACGUGAGAACGUACGGGAGGAUAUACGCUCGGAAAUCCGUGAGGCUAUUGGUGAACUAUGUCGCGUAGUGUCACACGGCAAGGAGAAGGUGGUGGAAGUGGUGAAGUCGGGCGCAGAGAGUAGUGCGAGUAGCAGCGAAACAGAUGAGCUGAGCAUGCACACACGGAACCUUUGCAUCACGGAGAAGAGAAAGAGAGGCCCGGAGACGGCGGUCGAGGGGAGCCCCCCGAUGGAGCUGCCACCGAAGCGCACCCCCAAACGGACGCCAAGGCAAUCGAGAUUUGACGGUCUGGUGUUUACUCCUCUGGAUCGUAACCCAGGGGAGACUGUCGUUAUGUGCCCCAAGAUCAAUUAUGAGGCCAUGAUGGACAUGUUCAUUAGAAGCACGGGGUAUACGAUCAUUACCUCGGAUGAGAAGGUUGUGCUUCUCGAGAUCAAGGAGGAUAUGAAAGCUGCAGGUCUGCAGCAGUUUGUCCGUUGGGAUAACAAGGGGACCCUCGAUUCAGCAUAUGUAAUUCCUAAACAUAAAGAUCUGACGAGGUACCGUCCCAUCUGGCCGACUUAUAAUGAACCUAUGGUUCGCACUAGUCGGGUAGUUGCGAGGGGUCUGAAUUUUCUGCUAUCUAAACUGCCAACUAAUGAUCAUUUUAAUCUUCCUGCAGUCUCGCAGCUGACGGCCAAACUGAAUCGUGUGAAUACUAAGAUCCGACGACUGGGUAGCUUGACUAACUUGACGGCACAGACCUUUGAUAUUAAGGACAUGUUUAGUCGUCUGCCUCAUGUUGAUAUCAUGAAGGCAGUACGAUGGUUGUUGAAUUUCCACUCAGAGAAGGGGCAUACAUUCAUGAGAGUGAAUACGAGAGGAAGAGGGGCUUCCUUUGGGCUAACUACCAGAGCUGAUCACUGGAGGAAGGUCGAGUUCGUUGACUUAUGUAAAUUUGUGGAGAUUGCCCUACAGCACACUUACACCCACGCUACGACCGUUCUGCUUAGGCAGGACGUGGGGAUCCCGAUGGGAAAGAGCACUAGCCCCCCUCUGGCGUGCAUUUUAUGUGCAUAUGCAAAAGUGACCUUUUUGAGGAGUCUCGGACGCUAUGCACAUAAUGUGUUUGGUAUUCGACUGAUGGAUGACGUUUUGCUUGUUGUUGCUUCCCUCUCUGGUGUCAAUGACAUCAUUGAAGUCAAUUCCUCCGGUGCUACUGUUGCCAACAUGGUUAUUGGCAGCUUCUCCCCUACACGCUUAGCUAUGUCAGCACCUCGCUCGCCUCCCUCAUCAAGGAGCGUAUAGCAGUCGUUGAGCAGAUCAUCCACCUGGCGCCAGUCAAUCAACGCGUCCAGCUCUG